UUUAAUUUAUUUUUUUAAAUUUAAAUUCGCAAUGCAGAUUAUGCUGAAAAUUAAAUUAUAUUGGCUUCUUGUCACUACAUACUUUCUCUUGGAUUAAGUAUUUCACCGGGUGACACGUGACGUACUUAUCGCGUUUAGGGGAAAAUCAUAGGUCUUCAAUUGUCAUUAAUCAUUAAUUUUCUGUGGAAAGAAGGAACAGAUAGUGUAGUUAAAAAAGCUCUGCCAGUGAGCAGCCACGACGUAGCUUGAUGUUCCACAGCAGUUUGGUGUUGACUUUCAAGAUGGAGGCUGUUCCCGCAAUAGGUUUCUGUUUCUUUUUCAGAACGGUCUGGUCAUGCGCUCCUGACACGUCGGUAAAAAAGGGUUAUUGGGAUUGAAGUGUUUUAAUCACUGUGGGUAAUAAUCCAAAACGAUUCAAGUGGAUUUAUUUGGCCAUUUUAUUUUUAUUUUCCGUUUUGACGGUCGUUCGAACUUCGUUACUUCCUGGUUUCAGGCGACUUUCGAAUCCGUAGCGAAAACUCAAGUGACCAGUUCUCUAAAAACUCAGUUUCUGCUACUUCUUCAUGACAUUUUAUCCCAAAGCAAGUGUUUGUCUCUGACGAUAAUGGGAACGAAGAGGAUUUCAUAAGCGGCCAGCAAUGGAAAGUGGGAAUGUCGCUGCCCCGCGUCAAGGUGUUUUGGUGCCUGUGUCAGAUUCGUCUGACGUGUUUGAGAGCAGUAUUUUGACUCAUCUGCAAAGUGCGUACUUACACGACGAGUCUCGACAGUCUUUCAGAUACAAGUCGGCAGUAUUGAUUAAGAACGCUGUGCUUGAAGAGAAGUAUAAUGCCUUUCGAGCAAAGAAGAAACGACAAGGAUAUUCAGAUGAGGAAUUAGAGGAAACCUAUGGGUUUUUAUGUUUUGACGACAUCAACAAGGCUCGUGCAUUGGGAGAAACUGGAGUCCUUACAGGGAACAGCAGUUGCACAACUCUGGGCGAUCCUUCAAAGGGUGUUUACUUAUCAAUGUUCUCUGACUGCUUGGACCCGGAUCAUUGGUAUCUUAGAAAAUCUGGAUACAUUGCCAUCAUCAGGUUGACAAAGGGGAGACUUAAAAAGGUUUCUCAAAACUAUACCCAGAAUCUUACAAAACCUACUGUGGGAUUCGAUUGCCAUGUGUCUAAAGAGUUAGUUUCAGUUUCUGCCAAGACAAGACCUUCUCUUGCUUUUGACACUAGCACUCAGUAUUACAUCUAUGAGCUCGUAGGUGAUGGAAGCUUGGAAACGGCUCAGUCCCCCAGUGCUGUCUGUCCAUUUGCGUUUGUCUCAUUUUCAUACAUGGACUCAAAAGACACACAAGAAGCACCACCAAAUGAGGGUUGCGGGAAUAAAUCAGGUUUUUGUUAUCAGUCUUGGACGGGUCAGCUUCAAAUUGGCCCCCAGGUCUAUGCUGUUGGCCUUAAAUCUGUAGGAGGAGCCUUGAUUCCCACAAAACUGCCGCCAGUCAUCAAACUCGACAAGGCCAUUUCCAUAUUGGAUCUCAUACCAUUGUUGCCAAAGGCUGCCUUUUUAACCGGUUUUUCUAGUGAAGUCUGCCUGGGCGGCCUUUAUCUAAGUGUGUAUGAGCUGGUUCUUCUUGAGGCAGAAAAAGCUGAAUCAUUCUCCCGAUUUUUACAAGAACUCAAGAAAAUACAUCUCGCUCUUCCUGUUCCGCUAAUCGAUGGUGGAUUUCUUAUCCUGUUGCACUCUUCAAAUUUCCACACAUAUGAGGACACAGGCUCAGAUGCGAGUGAGUUCUUACAAGCCAUGUUUGUGUUCCCGGACUCAAGGACUAUAGACACAGGUACAAAAUCUGGACCCAGAAAGGCAGCCGUCUCCUCCGAAAUCCUUCAGGCUCUGCCAAUGCUACAUUACGCGGAGGGUGAAGUAGAGAAAACAAACAUGGACUCAAGUGAAGAGCUGAAUGAAGUCUUGAUGAAGCAUAUGCAAGAUUAUGCUCUGCAAACGCGUGCAGGGACGCAGUCGAGUUCUUCAAGAGAAGAUGGCGUCUAUCCUGGCCGGUACAAUGAGUUGCCUAAUCACAAACUCCCGUGCUCAUCACCCGAGUGGACUAACAAGGCAUGGCAAAGCUUGAAGUCUUACUUGAGCAAACCAGUCUCAUUUGAACUGCCCCUCUCCAAGGCUUCCGAAAUCCUGGCAGAUGAGCAAGACGUGCAAGAGGAAGACCUUGUUGAUGUUAACGUUUCAUCAUCUCUUGAGGAGGCAUCGGACAGUCGAGGAGAACAGUUGACAACUGCAAAAGAGUCUGUCACUGUUCUGCCAUCUGUAGACAGUGUGACGACCAACGCUGGUGUGCAUGAACAAUUAUUACCGCUGCUUGUCGACUCAGACUGUACAAACUUAUAUACAAACUCUGAGCAGACUGAUGACACGGGGGCAGAAAUUCCUCUGAUUCCCACUGCAUCAGAUGAUCUUUCAGCAGAGCUUAUUGUCAGGAUCACUUCAGCCGAGGAAACUGUCCCAGACGGGAGUUCGAACUCUAUAACGGUACCAAAAGAUGAUGACUUUCCGACUUCAGAAUUUCCACAGACUAAACUACAAACAGCAGAAGUGAAUCAUCUGCAGACUGUUGAGAGGAACGGUACAGAUACCCCUGAUGUCAACAAUGUCACGGAUGCAAAACUAAGUGAACUAUGUGGGGGGCAUUCUAAUGAAAGGAAAAACGCAACGGAUACUAGUAAAGAUAAAGUCUACGUGAGUUGUAACGGUGAGCAGGCAGAAAAAUCACCAGGACACUUGAAGCCAAACAGUCCUUCAAGCACAACUUGGAGGAAAUUUAGAAAGCGUAAAUCCAUGUUUGAAAAGCUGGCAUCGAAGAGAAAGAAAAUGUCUGCAUCUGUUGAUGUGACAGCGGCAGGGAAUAAACAGACAGAUUCUGGAAUACACAACUUGGGACAUGAAACACUGUUUCUUAGAAAGAGAAGUGAGUGCGGGGAUUUGAAGCCUAUAGUAAGUGAAUGUGGACGAAUCUUGGUUCCACAUGGCUCAGCAGUAGAUGUUGCUGAUCAGAUAUUGUGUUUAAAAUAUCAGCCUGAAAGUAAAUGUAUCCCUGAGGAAACCGUGGUUGAAACCGCAACUCUUGGCGUUGUCAGAUUACAGCAAGAAUCUUCCGCUGUUGCAACAGCUAAUGGAACGGAGUCUGCAUCAUCUAAAAAUGAAGUUUGUCCUCCAGCAGAUGGAGCUGGUCCUUUAAACAAGGAGAAUAAAGUGGUGACACAACCAGACAUUGGGUCAUCGAUUUUCAAUUCAGAACAUGAAGAGUCUUCGACAAAACUUGUCAAGGAUGAGGUCAAAGAAAAAGACACUGGUGUUUUGUCCAAAAGGAGAGUUGCCAUUAAUGGCAACAUAUUAUUAGAUAAACUAAAGGCAGUUCUGUCAGAGGGAAGGAGAAGAAACAAUGCGAAAGCAAAAGCAUCAGCCGACACUGAAAACAACACUCAGCCCUGUCUGAAGAAAAGUAGAGCGGACGGCAAAACGGAGACUCCAGGGGGUAAUAACUCUACAAUGGAACAGGACAGAGUUAUUCAUUCAGUUGACCCUCUUUUUGCUCAUGCCCUUGGCCUGACACCUACAGAGAAGCCUGACAAUGGACAGAUGCUUGAGGGUCAAGAUUGUCAACAAAGUAGAGGUUCCCCAGGACUUAAAGCGAAAACCAUUGCAAACAAACAUCUGGAAAUUCUACUGAAACCACAGCGGGAUCUACACAAACGAACUAAGAUAAAAACACGGAGAAAGCUUCGAAGACUCUCAGCAGAAUGUCUUAAAAAGACAUGGUGGUUGCAUGUUAAAACUCCAGCAGGAUUUCAAAGCAAAAACUGUAGCCAGGAGGACAGUGUUGGAGAUACGUCUGUUGUGAAGACUGUUGAUGGAGAGAACAACAAAGCUCGCUCACCCGCUCAUGCCUUAAACCUACUUGCUGACUUAGCACUCAGUGCCGGCAGUGACCCGAUUUACCCGUCACCAAGACCUGGAGCGAAAUCUGUUAAAAGCUACCAUCAUUCAAAAGAUGUUAGCAUGGAUCAACACAGUUCGGUUCUUCAUGCUCUGCUCAGAGUACCUGCGAAAGCUAUUCCGAUUCCUGACUCUUCAAGCCAUGUGUUGGAAAAUACGGAAUGCGUCGCUAUACUAGCGAGAGAACACAAUUACUCAUCACCGCAGUGUUCCGCUCUGCUAACUGAGUCGCCUUUCCAGGUUUCCCCUUUAUCUGGAUCAACCAGUCUGAUGCACCGUCAUCAGCAGUUGCAUAGCAACAAACAUGAGAAACUAAACUCCUCUGUCGGUCAAGAAGAUAGGCAUCAACACGACUACUGUUAUAAUUCCCCCGAAAAACCCAAGUUCAGGAUCUUUCGCAGUUUUGCCAAAAAGGGUGAAACUGUUCAAGUGACAAGAGAGUGGAAAAACUAUUACAACUUCAAGGGAGACUGGCAGCUGUCCAGUGACGCUAAGAGUAAAUCUAUCAUGAGAGGUUUACAUGGCCCCUGCCACUUCUCCUUCAAGGAUGCCGUCAAGGAUGUAAGACUCAUUGUCAACAUGUGGAUUGGUCUGUUUUACAGUCGCUCAAUGCCCAGAAUCUUUCAUAUGGACUGUGACAUCGCAAACCAAACCCCAGGAGAGGGGGCUUUGGAAAUGUCCAAUGAAAUUCUUCCAGGACCAGAUAAGUCUGAACUUCAGACCAAUGCGUUUGAUGCUUCACUAAAGUCACCGGACCUGGGGUCAGAGACAGGAAAGAACCUGAUUUCAAAAGCAUCGUACCCUGACACAAAAGAUCAGUCAGGCUUGGACCAGAGGUCUGAGGUCCUGGACCUAUCGCAGAAGGACUGCAGCAGAUUUAUGAAAACUCCAGAUCCUGUGAUAGAGGAAGAAAACCUCACUGCAUCUGCCGAAACAAAUGCAAACUCCACAGACAACAUAAAUGAGAUGAAUAAUAUCAAAAGCUGCUGCGAGGAAACAGAAACAGAAACCUCCACGCCUUCACAAAAUCCUGCGUCUUUGGAGCUCAGUGGUUUGUCGUCCCUUGAAGGAUCCUUUGUUCCGACAGAAAAGUUUCCCAUUCCCUCAGGAACAGGCCACGUAGAAGGUGAAUGUAACAAAGAGACAUGUGACGUUGGAAAUUCCCCAACUAUGAGCUUGGUCCGGGAACCUCAAAAGCGAUCAUCUGCUUUCCCGAAAGACAUCGAGUUCAACGUAGUCGCUGUAGAAACGGACCCUACGGUUGGACUGACGGAUGAAAUUCAACAGAAAGAUGAGAAGAAUUUUGCACUUCAAAAAACGAUCUCAGAACCUUCUCCGGAAGAGAUUAUGUCAUAUGAUUGUUUUACUCACGGGGAUGAUAACUGCAAAGAUGUUGAAAAUGAAAAGAGUGAGCAACAGGAAGCUGCUUUGGUCCCACCAGAGAAAAUCAGUGAGGAUAAGGGUGUUUGUUCAGAAUAUGCACCUGAACAGGGAGAGGGUGGAGACCUGAAAGAGGACAAGCGUGAUGAAAACCAGGGUUUAAUUUCAGUGAAGGAAAUGGAGAAUAAUGAACCCCUUCCUGAAGCAGUCAAUGAAGAGUCCUCUGGAGUUGUGAUUCCCAAAAAGGGUGCGUACAAGAAUUCACCUUUGAGAGAUAAUAAAGAUUCAAACUUGGGAGAUACUACAGCGAUAGAUGAAUGUGCCAUUUCUAAAGAGUUACGCCCGGAAGCCGAAGCUCACAAUCCAUUAGAAGGGACUAGUGUCUCUACUACUACUAAGAUAGAUGACAGAUCGGAACAGGAAACUACUACCCACGUUCAGUGUGAUUCACCACGAGCUGCAAAUACGUGUGUAGACCCAUUGGUGCAAGAUGUCCCAGAGAUGGUUUCAAAUGUGAACGAAACGAAUGAAGCAUUAAGAAAAGGUCCUUGUCCCGAUGAGGACGCAAUUCCAUUUCCUGGAACACCCGUCGCAUGCCUUCAAGAAAAAAUCCAAGGUGCACGUGAGAUACGUGGCAUAAGGGGAGAACAUUGUGGAGGUCAAAUACCAUUCACCAAAUUAGAAGAAGUUAGCCCACUAGCCAUCUUUGGAAAUGAGUUAGAUGAUAGAUGCCCUACUCCAACGUUGGAUGAGCCAUCUGAGUCCGUACCUGUUUCGGUGUCUGACAACUGUACCACAACAAACGUAGGAAAACCUCCCACGCAUCUUGGCUCUAGCUUGACAGCUACAAAGGAUUCAGAGCCGGAUAAGCCUAAGCUUUGUCCGAAGUCAGGAGAACAUCUCAACGACAGGUCUGCCCUUGAUCUUAAAGAAAGAACUCUACGAGUUUUACAAUGUUUAGAGAAGUUCUUGCCGAAGUCAAAUUAUAUCAACAGCUCCCAACAGACUAAAACAGCUGAUAGCAAAGGCUGUCUGGAUCAAAAUCCUUACCUCAAGUUCAAACCAACAGGUAUUAAACAGAAGAGCAUACAAAACCAAAAAUUGAAGUCUUUUAAAGCUGCGGCGCCGGCCUCUGCCUCACACAAAAAGCACAAAGUACCAGACGAUCACUUUCACACUUUGCCUUUCAGAGGUAAAUUAGAGGAAGCCAAGUUUCACACUGGCAAAUCCGACGUAUCACUGCAAACAGACGGAUCUAGGAUUGAUGAAGAACCUGCUCCUCACAGUGUUGAGCCGUCAUCAAGUCCCGAUGAUGGAGAGAUUCAACAGUUUUCUAAUAAUAAAGCCACAAAUCUCUCCUGCCCUAGAGCCACUACCAUGUCUUCAGGAGAGACGGAACGUGGUUUAGGACAAAUUGGAGCUAGUGGUCAUGAUGAGCUAGAGUCUUAUGUUAAUCAGCUGCUGAAUAUUAAUGACUGUAAUUCUCACUUGGAUGACACUAGGUUUGCACUUAAGGAUCAUUUGUAUCAGUGUCCAGAAAGGAACACACCUGGAAAGACACCUAAAGAAAAUGCAGAAAGCAAUCAGAGAAAUUGCUCCGAAGCAUUAAUUGCAUUUGAAAACAUUGACGACAUCAUAUUGGCCGAAGCCCUCACUGAGGAACCUCAAACUUCACUUGUUUGUACCGUGUUUAAUACUGGGAGGAGGAUACCCUGUUCUUUUCUAGAGCAUGUUUCUCAGAGAUGUAUACCAAGUAACCCCACACAGGCCUCAAUGGAGCAGGAGUCCCUCAUCUUCUCGGAAGAAAUGAAGCAGCUUUUUAAAAGGUUCACAAGAGGAGCCUCCAGCCACGAGGGAACGCAGACCAUGGGUUUGUCUUGUACUGGUCCGAUGACUGUCAACUUCUCCAGUCUAGAAGAGCGGGAUGAUUCACUGGAACCCUUGGAUGCACCGUCGCUCGCUGGAACAAAAAUCAAGGUGGACACGUCAGAUAGGGAGGACGGCUUGGCUUCUACCAGGAGAGAAAAUGCUUGUUCCCAAAAGACAUCCUGUGGACAAGAAAGUUCCAACGCGUGCGAUAUAGUGUCUGAUGUGACUGCCAAAUAUGCCAAGUUGUACAAAGAUAGGAUGGAUGAAGCGUGUCAUCCCACAAAAUCCCAGGCUACGCCCGAGCACUUGGGCAGCAGUCCCGAUAGGACGGAAGCAAGUGGUGCCGUGGAUGUCUGCGAUCAAAUAAAACAAGACAUGGAGAAAAUGUUUCAGACUCGUUUGAACUCGAUUGUGAGGAAAUCCUGUAAAACCAAGUACAGGUUCUACAUACUGGUGACGUCUGAUGAUGACAUCUUUGAGGAAACAAAGACACAACUCGAGGCGGUGGGUCAUACAGCUGUACAGCCAUCUGAGUUCUUCCUUCACCAGAAUAGUUCCUCCCCCUUACUCAUCAUCCUCAGAAAUGAAGACAUUGCAGAUCACAUUUCCAAGGUUCCUCAUUUACUUGAGUUGAAGAAGACAUCAUGUGUGCAGUUCGCCGGAAUCGAUGAACCAGACGAUGUUGUCAAUCUCACCCAUCAGGAACUCUUUACUCGUGGUGGUUUUGUAAUGUUCGAUCGAGCAGCGCUGGAGAACCUCACUCUGUGCAACAUGAAAAAGUGCUCAGAAAUCCUACAUGAUCUACGCAAAACAGGGAAGUGGAAAUGGAUAUAUCAUUACAGAGACAGUCGACGGCUGAAAGAAAAUGCCAGGAUGAGUGCAGAGGCAAAGCAGAAGAAGAGCUUUUUAAACGUUUGCGAAGACGAGGGGAUCCUGGAGGUUUUACCAUACCAUGAUUGUGACGUCACAUCAAGAGAUCAGUCCGACUACCUCACAUGUUUGGUCCGCUUACAGGUCCAUAACAUUUCUGCGCGCUACCCUGUUUUUAUAAGUGAUGCAACCACAGACGGAGCGUUUGGGAGAAAUGGAAUUUUUACGUUGACUGUCGAUUAUUUCCUGACAAACUUUUCAAGUGAAACAUUUUAUUCUGACCUGGAAAAAUCGAAAAGAUAACAGAGGACCUAAUAAAAGCAUUGCUUGCAAAAUGGAACACGUGCUACAAAUUGUUUGUACAAUUAGUUUUUUCAGUUGUAUUUGGUAACUUGUUUUGUUUAUAUAUACAGUAGAUACAUGUACAUACCUAUAUACACAGUAUAGCUGUGUAGCAAUAUGUGUCUGUGUGUGUGUGAGAGAGAGACUCUAUCUCUUUGAACCCUAUGAUGCAAUAAUAAGUGUUGUGCAAUCAGUUGAAGAGUUUUUGUUCUCUUUCUUUGUAUGAUAUGUUUACACUACGACAAGCAAGUACAGUUUUUGCAACAUGUUAACUUACCUCCUUAAGUAUCGAUAUAAAAACAGACCGCUAUUUAUUCAAUCAUCAAGAGUUCAAUUUCAGUUUACUUCCUUAAAUUUUACAGUGCACAAAAGAAAAUCUGUAAAAUGAAUGUAUAUCUGUUCACCUAAAAAAACGAAUAGCUUUAGUCUGGUGCUAAAAAUAACAUAUUGCAUGCACAUAAUGCUGAUGAUUACCUCCUUAUGUAACUCCUUUGCUUUUGACUUUACAGCAACUUUAUUGCGAAUGUUCAGAAUUAUAAAAAAUUGAUUACCCCCAAAUUUUAUUCUUUUCCUCCCAUCUCUAUGCUUCACUUUGGGGAAAGGGUUCUUUGGGUUAUAUGCUUCUUCUCCUCCUUUCUUCCCUGAUCAAAUGUUUUUCUACCUCUGUCAGUUUUGUUUCACACCACAUAAAUAUCUUUGAUUUAAAGUUUUGAAGCACAGCCCUGUUAACAGAUAUCAUUGGUUUGUGUCAGGGCUUAACACAACGACCAUUCUCUUGACCUUAGUAGUGUUUCGUGUUUACUUUAUUCGUUUUUUGUGUUAUUUUGUGUAUAAAUAAAUGGUACAUUUUCUAAAUAAAGCUUAGACAAUCUGAAAGGUUCUGUUAAAAUCCCUUGAUCUGUAGGAAGUCACUGUGAUAAUAUGCGUAGAUAUAAAGUAUUUUUGGUCCUGAACUGUCCUUUGCAGAUAUACAGUACAAUUGAAAACGUUUCAAUUGCUAUGUUUAUCCAGGAGAGGGCCUCCUAGAAAUAAAAGUGUCUUGCAUCUUUGUCAGGAUUGUGGCAACAGACAUUUUCCCCAAAUGCUGUAUCCUAACUUGUUUUGUGUAGGCCUGGAUGCUGUCAAAUUACAAAUCAAAUACAGCUUGACCUUGAUUUUUAUUUCCAUGCCUACCUCAGAACAAAUAAAAAGGUCAAUAAGACAUUUUUAUUACAGAAAUAUGCAGAUGAAGGAAAUGUUUGUAUGUCUAUAUGUAUGUAUAUACAUGUGAUGUUCAGUUUUCAGAAAUUUGAGAAGUAACGAAAAAUGUGUUCAAUCUGGGGAGAAGAAAAACAUGGGGCAAAAAAGUCCAGAACUUUAAUUUUAAUCUAAUAAUAAGUAAUUUUGAUUUGAGUAUUCUGAAAAGUCAGAUUUGCAUCCAUGCAUUCUGAAAAUCAUUCCAAAUUCCAGGAUGAAAGACAGUAAUGUGUAAAACUGAUUUUAAUCAUUAAAUUACUUGUAAUUAUAGAUUACAAAUGCCUGUCAGAAUUUAAAUAAAUUUUACCAUAAAGAAAUGUUA